AUGGCGACAGGCGAGGAGCCGCCGUCCAUGGCGCCGUGGUCGUCUGGCCUCCCUGCGGGGAUCACGGCCGCUGUCCUCGGGUGCCUCCCGUCCCACGCCGACCGUGUCCGCUUCGCCGCCGUCUGCCGGCGGUGGCGCGCCGCGACGAGGCACCAGCAGUCCCCGCCGCAACUGCCGUGGCUCGCGCUCCCGGACGGCACCUUCUUCAGCUUCCCGGGCUCCUCCGCGUUCCGGCUGCCCGUAGCCGCGCGCUACCACGGCUCAUGCGACGACUGGCUCGUCUUCGAGCGCGGCGACGACGAGGAGGACGGCGGCGGGUACCUGCUCCUGAACCCGUUCUCCGGAGACUCCAUGCGGCUCCCGAGCCUGUCGUGCGUCCACCACGUCGGCGCGCGGGGACCCUACGGGAGAAUCACGCUGGCCAUCACGGAUGACGAGAGGGCGCCCAGCGAGACGACCCUGCGCAAGAUGAUCCGUGGAAGGGGUUCAGGGACAUUGCUUUCUACGACGGCAAGGUGUUCGCUGUCGACGACCAUGGGCAUUGGACGCCUCUACGCCAGGGCCGUCGGCGAGUACACAUCAUGCACCGUCGAGCCGAUGGUGGCCGUCACCGGUGAGGCGCGCGGCUGCUACAUGCCGUCGACGCGGUACCUCGUCGUGUCCGGCGGCAGGGUGCUCCGGAGCGACGCCACGAGCGAGUUCACGGUGUCCAAGGCCGACCUCACCUCGUCGCGGUGGGUGGACGUGCCGAGCGUCGGCGGUGACACCGCGCUCUUCGUCGGCCGAUGGAGCUCCGUCGCCCUGCGCGUGCCCCGGUACGCGAUGCCGGGGAACAGGAUCCACUUCUUGGACGACGACGCGUUCUCCCGCCACUACUUCGGUGGCUACCCGUUCUCCGGCGACCACUUCGGUGCCUACGACACGACGGACGGCAAAAUCUACCCUCUCCUGCCGCCGCGGGAGUUACACAAUGAUAGCGACACGCCGGCGACAUGGCUCUUCCCUAGGGAAAGGGAAGAGGGCGCUUUCAGCUGGUGCGACCUCCCUCCGGACGUGUUUGGCCAAGUCAUGCGCCUCCUCCCUUCCGGCGACGAGCAUCUCUGCCUCAGCUCGGUCUGCCACGGCUGGCGUGCCUCCGUCAGGCGGCAGCACCGCCGGCAGCCGCCGGCCGUGGCGUACGUCGCGCUCCCGAACGGCAGGGACGCAGCUUCAGGUACCCGGAGCUCACGUCCCACCUCUUCAGCGACUGCGCCGCCUUCCGCGGCGCCGCGUGCGACGACUGGCUCCUGUUCGACGACGACAACGGCGAUGUCGACGGCGUUCUCCGCUUGACGAGCCCCUUCACGGGGAAGACGAGGCUGCUUCCGAGCUUGUUCGGCAUCCAUAACUGGGACGGGCCCGUCGAGAUUGAAAACGAGCCCGCUCCGGAGGGCGCGCCCUCCGAGUGGAGCGGCACCAGCGCUAUGGCCGUGCAGAAGCUGCUGGUGUCUCGUCAGCUCCCGCCUUCCCCAUGAGGCCACCGCCAAGGUCCGGUACCUCGUCAGCUCCCGCGGCGGCGCGCUGCUCAUGGUCCGCCGGCACUUCUUGUGCGGCGAGACGACGGUGCGGUUCGCCGUGUUCCGGGCCGACCUCAGCUCGUCGCGGUGGGUGGAGGUGGGCACCCUGGGCGGCGAGGCGCUCUUCGUGGGGUGGCCGUGCUCCAGGGCCGUGCGCGCGCGCGGCGCGGUCCGCGGCGACCAGAUCUUCUUCCUGCAGGACGAGUGCGCGCCGCUCUGGGCGGAGCGCACGAGCCGCAGGCCGGAUCACCACGCCGGCGUGUACGACAUGAGGGACGGGAUGAUCCUUGACAUCCUGCCGCGGUGGCUGCACUACGACUGGUCGGCGCCCACGACGUGGCUCUUCCGCGACGCCGACGUCGACGGGUUAGAUAGUGACCAUAGUGAGUGAUCAGCGUGCCAGUGUGGCACUGUGGGCUGUGGCCUAUCGGCAGAUGGUAAAUUUGCCAUAUAUCUAUACAUUGUAAUUUUCGUAGUUCAGAAGAUUUCUCCAAAUCUUUUCUGGAAAACGACUUUUUUUUACUCCAUAUGAACUACGAAAUUUCUGCCGAU